CAAAGAGAAAAAUUUAAUUCAAGACAAACGCGACUUUGUGUACAUUGAGGAAAGAAAACAAUAGCGGUUUUUCCUGGAGCAGAGAUAAAACGACAGGUGUUCGUGCACAGCGGAGUCCAACCAUGAACGUGUCUCUCCCAUAACAAAUGCGUGCGUCACAGACACGGUUACUAAACCCUCUCCAUCGCGAGCAGGCCUGCCAAGCUUCCUUCAACCCCUAAUUUUCCUUCAUCCUCAUCCACUGUUGAUCCAAUCCUCGCUGCCCCACACGAACGUCUCCAUUUGAUUGGAUCCAACGGCCAAAAGACUUCCCAUUUGUUUGACCUUUUCUAACUUUUGAUCAAUCAGAGAGUCGAGCUCACUGAGCCCAACCGCGCUUGACCACUGCCCCUCCAUUUUCUCAGUGCGACACUGCUUCUUCCCCUAGUCCCCACCCCCACCUCCAAAACCCCGAUCACUUCUCACAACCCAGCGUAGAAAAUCGCAAUCGAAUCAACCAAUCUGCAAAAAGAAAACGAGAAGAAAACAAAAAGCAGAAUCACAUAUUGUUCGAAAAGCAGAAUUGAAAAAGUAGUAUUUGUAGUAGUUCCAGAACGUUUCAAUCUUUGAGUUCAGGAAUUUCCGGCAUGCUUCCGCAGAAAAAUCAGCUGGAAUCGGACCAUCCGGCGGGCGCAAUCUUGGUCCAACCGUCGUCUCCGCGGUUCCCCGCGGCAGGAACCCACCGGAAGAUCGCGAUAGCCGUUGAUCUGAGCGACGAGAGCGCCUACGCCGUGAAAUGGGCGGUCCAGAAUUAUCUGCGCGCGGGGGACGCUGUGAUCCUCCUGCACGUGCGCCCCACAAGUGUCCUGUACGGUGCCGACUGGGGUUCUAUCGAUCUCUCUGUUGACACCGACGAGGAGUCGCAGCAGAAGCUGGAGGAUGACUUCGACACCUUCACAACCACCAAGGCCAACGAUCUCGCUCAGCCUCUCGUGGAGGCUCAGAUCCCUUUCAAGAUCCACAUAGUGAAGGACCACGACAUGAAGGAGAGGCUGUGCCUGGAGGUGGAGCGUCUCGGCCUCAGCGCCGUCAUCAUGGGCAGCCGAGGCUUCGGUGCGUCCAAGCGGAGCAGUAAGGGUCGGCUCGGCAGCGUCAGCGACUACUGCGUGCAUCACUGUGUGUGUCCUGUGGUUGUUGUUAGAUACCCGGACGAGAAGGACUCUGGGAACGGCGCCGGCGAGGAUUCCGGCGGUGUUGGGAAAGGAGCAGCGGAGAAGGACGGUGACCUUCUCUGUCCAGUCGUGGAGGAGGAUCUCGAGUAUCACGAUGCCUCUGAUAAACAAGCAGAAUUGGAGAAGGCUGCGUGAGCAGAUGCAGGGCCUGGAUGCUGAGAUGGUCAGGAGUCGAGAUGUUCUUGGUGUUGUGGAUUCAUGUCUUGUGAAAAAAAAAAAAAAAGGAAUUAUGAUGUGUGGGUCUUUCUUCUAUCUCUGGUUUGGCUAUUGUGUUUAGGUCUAUGAAAUUCGGAAUGGUCGAUAAUCGUUGAUCAGUUUCUUUGGGGUCUUUGGGCAGCUUGCACUGCUCACUUUGUGACAUAAAAUUAUGUUGAACCUUUUGCUUUGCAACCCUCAUUCACUUUGUUUUAUUACAUUUAAUAGAAAAUAGUAAACCCUGGGGAAUGUUUAUUAGUA